AUGUUAGGCAGGAACCAAGCUCACAAGUAUCGACUCAAGGUCACAGCAGGAACGGAGUAUAACCCGGACACCCACGACAUCGUACCAGUCAACACGGACCAGACUCUACGAAUCGAGAACAAGCUUGCGACAGUGAGUCUCUGCGUUCGGAUCCGGAACUACACCGGCUAUCCCGACGACUCCCCCGAAACGCAUCCCUACUUCUCGCACCCCCUCCACCAAAACGACCAAUAUUCCAUCACCUUCUCCGUAGUGUUCAAGAAACCCGUCAACGGCAACGACCUGCUCUUCGGCAAUGAUUUCGACAGACCCAUCCGGGACCGCCUCCCACCGGGCUUCAACGCCGCGCUGAAACUGGUCAAAUGGACCAUCGACCCGGCCAUGGACGGCGACGCGUACGCGGAUAAACCGUACCUGUAUAGUCCCGCCGUCGCCUCGCUGAACCAGUUCCGGAUCGGGGAGAAGAUCGGGAAGGAUGAGGAGGUGCCGACGCUGCAUGAUGUGGUUGUUGAGGAGGGGGCUGACGGGUCUGGGGUGGAGGAGCGCGCGCGGCGGGGCGUUCCGGAGGGUGUAGCGGAGCGGCGCAAGUUCUUCCAGAAUGAGGAGGAGAGGAAGAAGUUUGUUUUUGAGACGGGGAGGGUGUAUGCGGCGGAUUUUGGGAAUCCGUAUCUGGUUUUCAAUGAUUUCUCGCUGCGGCUUCCUGGGUUGACGGUCCAUGCGACCAAGUUUAUUGAUGAGAAGAAUCAUGACCUGCGGUAUGUUUUGAAGAACAGGGAGACGGGUGAGGUUUAUUUUGUUGUGCUGUUCACGCUCGUCCUGCUCGACACGGAUAAAGAGCCGGAGCACAAGGAGCGCAUUGAGCAGGAGAUUCAGGAAAGCAGGGGGAAACAUGAAGAGAAUAAAGGGAAACUAGGCAAGUUUGAAUGGGAGCCGGAGCCGUCAGCGGGGGAUGUUGAAUGA